GCAAACAAUUAAAUUCCAUGUAGUUUUUAUGUAUAUAGCACCAAAAUCGCAACAGAUACACCUGUUAUUCCUAUCGCUUAGGUGCCCUUUUUAUGAGUGGCUUAAACAAACAAAAAAGGAAUCACUCCUUUCAAAAUGGUGCCGUACAAGAACUGAAUGUGACUGAAAAAAUAAAACCCUAAAAGAACAGCAAGAAUGCCGAGAAAACUACAGCUCGAGUCAUUGGGAGCAAAAUAUAAAUGAAUGAGGGGUGGCUAAAGAGUUUUGCAUAUUACUGUAAAUGAAAUACUUUAAAUGAUAUAAAGACCGGUUCGUUACUAUUCCUACUCCUUAAUAAAGAAACACUUUAAAAUGAUAAAUGCUCACAUAAAAUAGUUAUUACUAAUAUUUUUAGCGUUUAUUAUAAAAAUCUUAACAUUAGCACAAGUUAGCAAACAGGGAGAAGCUCCCCCGGAAGUUGUUCUUCUUCGUGGCAGGAGGAGGCUGUUGCUUAGUGCCACGUUGAUGGAGACCAGUGGGGACGUGGAAAUCUGUCUCGAGUCCGCAGCCGGGACCCGGUAGCCUCUUCUUCUGUUUCUACAGCUGUAAAUCCCUGAGCAGAAUCGAAAGGGGAACCUGUACGGGCGGAGACAGUUAGUGUUUGCCUACUGUUUUUUUAAUGUGUGCGUUCAUGUGAAAAGAAGAGAAGAAGAGAAGGAUGAAACUUAAAGAGAUCAACCGCACAGCCAUCCAGAGCUGGAGUCCUGCACAGCACCACCCCAUCUACCUGGCAACAGGAACAUCAGCUCAGCAGCUGGAUGCCUCCUUCAGUACCAAUGCCUCCUUGGAGUUUUUUGAGCUGGAUUUGGCUGAGCCAUCUCUGGAUAUGAAAUCAUGUGGCAGCCUUUCCUCCAGUCACAGAUACCACAAGUUGGUGUGGGGUCCAUAUGGUAUGGACUCCCAGGGUCAUCCCUCUGGUGUUCUCAUCGCAGGUGGGGAGAAUGGCAAUGUUAUCCUGUACGACACUGCAAAGAUAAUGAGCGGAGAGAGCGACGCCAUCAUCGUUGAGAGCGACAAGCAUACAGGGCCAGUGAGAGCUCUGGAUGUCAACCCUUUCCAAACAAACCUUGUUGCAUCAGGUGGAAAUGAGUCUGAAAUCUAUAUCUGGGAUAUGAAUAACUUUGGCUCUCCAAUGACACCAGGACCUAAAACACAGCCAAUGGAAGACAUCAGCUGUGUGGCUUGGAACAAACAGGUCCAACACAUCUUGGCCUCAGCCAGCCCGGGGGGUCGAGCUUCAGUGUGGGACCUCCGCAAAAAUGACCUCAUUAUCAAAGUUAGCGACCACAGCAACAGAAUGCAUUGUUCUGGCUUGGCUUGGAACCCAGAGGUGGCCACUCAGCUGGUCUUGGCUUCGGAGGACGACAGGAUGCCCGUCAUCCAGAUGUGGGACUUACGAUUUGCUACCUCUCCUCUCAAGAUUCUAGAGCAUCACUCAAGGGGUAUCCUGGCCAUUGCCUGGAGCUUAGCAGAUCCUGAGCUGCUUCUGAGCUGUGGGAAGGAUAGCAGGAUUUUGUGCUGGAAUCCAAACACAGCAGAGGUUUUGUACGAGUUGCCCACCAGCAGCCAGUGGUGUUUUGACAUCCAGUGGUGUCCAAGAAACCCCGCUGUGUUGUCAGCCGCGGGCUUUGACGGACACAUCGACAUCUAUUCCAUCAUGGGAGGGAGCAGCCAGGCACAGAGCCAGAGGCACGCUGACCAGAUUAGCAACUCGUUUGGGAACAUGGAUCCAUUUGGGACAGGGCAAACGUUGCCUCCCCUGCAGCUGCCUCAGACUCCAGCUACUCCAGCUGCAGUCAACCCCCUGAAGAAGCCACCCAAGUGGAUUUGCCGACCUGUGGGAGCCUCGUUUGCAUUUGGUGGGAAGCUGAUAUCUUUGGAGAAUACAAAACCAAACCCCCAGCAGCCUCAGCAGCCCACUUGUCACGUUGUGCACGUGAGCCAGGUUGUUACAGAAACAGCUUUUCUGAAGCGCUCUGAUCAGCUGCAGGCCACUCUGAGUUCAGGUAACUUCGUGGACUUCUGCCAGGAAAAGAUCGACGUGGCUGAAAAUGAGUUUGAAAAAACUGUUUGGUCUUUCCUUAAGGUUAAUUUUGAAAGUGACAUCCGUAGCAAGUACCUGGAACUUCUGGGGUACAACAAAGAGGAGCUGGCUUUAAAGGUGCGACAUGUUUCUGAAUCCAUCUCCGCCUCUUCUGUUCAGGUGGAUGUGCCCGCUCCAGCCACGCUGCAGCCAUUAGCAGACCUCAGCUUCAUGCCGCCUGCUGACACUCCAGAGGCAGCAUUUGACAUGAUUGCUGCUGUAAACCUUCAGCCUGCAGCCAUGCUUGAUCUCAGUUCCACUCCUGAAGCAGAGGAUGAGGAUACAGCAGCACCAGCGGCAGAUCCAGAAGAUGCUCUUCGCAGUGAGCCAUAUGCAAAUUUGGAUCAGGUUCUCCCAGAGGAGGAGGUGGAUGAGAAUGAGAAUGAGGAGGAAGAGGAGGAAGAGAUCCCCUUAGAUCAGGAGAUGACAUCAUCAGUCGAUGAGGAGCCCAUUCCUGCUGAGACAUUAGCCCCUAUUGAGGUCCGAGCUCCAGCUCCAACACCAGCAGGAGGGGUCAAUCUCAGCAUUAGUCAAGAUGUGGAUGGGCUCAUCACACAAGCUCUGCUGACUGGAGACUUUGAGGGAGCUGUGGAGCUUUGUCUCCAUGACAACCGAUUGGCGGACAGCAUCAUAUUGGCCAUUGCUGGAGGGCCAGAACUUUUAGAAAAAACCCAGAAGAAGUAUUUUACAAAAUCACACAGCAAGAUAACCAAGCUGAUCAGUGCAGUGGUAAUGAAAGACUGGCACGACAUCCUGAAGACGUGUGACCUUCAGAACUGGAAGGAGGCUCUGGCAGCCGUCAUGACCUACGCUCAGCCUGAGGAGUUCUCUUCCCUCUGCGACCUUCUCGGGGACAGACUGGAGGCAUCAGAAGAUGCUAACCUACAAUCCCAAGCCUGUUUGUGCUACAUCUGUGCUGGCAAUGUGGAGAAACUUGUCUCUUGCUGGACCAGAGUGCAGAACGGACACGUUCCUCUCUCACUGCAGGACCUGGUGGAGAAAGUGGUGGUGCUGCGGCGUGCAGUAGAGCAGACCCAGCGCUCUGGCCCCGCUGCUAUCGGCAUCCUGCUAGCUGAGAAGAUGAGCCAGUAUGCCAACCUGCUGGCCUCCCAGGGCAGUUUGGCCACUGCCAUCACCUAUCUGCCUGACAACAGCAACCAGGUUGCCAUUCAGCAGCUUCGUGACCGUCUCACUCGGGCUCUUGGGGAGCAGGGGUCGGCUCCUGGAGCUUCAGUGCAAACACAGAGAGCUCCAUCUCAGCUGCCUGCCCCUCGGGCUCAGCUUCGGCAUCCUUACACCCAGGUCCAUCCCACCAUGGUGCCUCAGCCCACCCCAGCAGCACCAGUGCCCAUGCCUACAUCCGCCUCCGCCCCAGCACAGCCACAGUAUUACCAGCCAAUGAGGGCAGCCUCCACUGUCACCUCCUGGAGUAACCAAACUCCCACAGCCCUCCCCAAUGUCCCUCCUCCUCUUCAAGUAGGCAGCGCCUCUGACCAGAAGGUGGAGCCUUCAAACCCGAUGUACGGGAUUCCAGCCUCCGGCACGGCUGCAGCUCCUCCGGUCUCCUCCCCUCCUGCCUACAUGUAUUCUCAUCAGUACCAGCCUUACCCCCAGGUCAACCAGUACCAGCAUGGAGCUGGUGGUGUGCCUCUCUUUCAGCCUCUUCAGUACUCCUCUGUUCCUCCUCAUCCACCUCCUUCAGUAGAGCCAUCCUCCCCUCCUCAGCCCCCUGGCUUUCUCUCUGAGUACACGCAACCCGUCCAGUCUCAGCCAAUAUCUUCAGUUUAUCCUGGACAGCCUCCCAUCAACCAGUGCCUGUCCUCCUCUCCUCCUUCCCAGCCUCUUUUCUUUCCUAACUCUUCUUCCUACUCCACUCCUCCGUCCUCUGGAGUUUCUUUCCAGCAUGGCGGGCCAGGAUCUCCUGUGUCGUACAUGCCUCCUCCACCGAGCGGAGUCUCAGGUACAAAGAUAGACAACAAGCUGAUCCUCGCCUCUCAGAGAACAGGUCUGCAUGCCUCUAAUCACCCUCACUGUCACUGUGCUCCUUACAAAUUCUCUCAGCCUUUAAAACUACAGGUUCUACAGAGCUACACCCCUCCUAUCCCCAUCACUGCUCCCAUAAUGACCCCGCUGGGCACUGACCCUCAGGCACAGCCAAUGUCCUCUGGUGCUCCUCCUGCCAUGAUGCAAGGCCAACCCGGUGUCCAGGUCCCCUACUCAGGCAUGCAGCAGCAGCAGCUCUCCCCUCCACCUAUGAACCCUGCAAUGCCAAAGACCAGCAUGGAGGGUGCACCAGGAGCACCGACUGGAGAUGUGAUCCAGCCUCUGCAGUCCAUCCCUGCUGAGAAGAUCAUGAAGAAACCCAUACCUGAUGAGCACCUCGUCUUAAAGACCACAUUCGAGGGGCUGAUCCAGAAAUGCUUGGCUGUAGCUACUGACCCUCAAACUAAGAGGAAGCUUGAUGACGCAAACAAACGUUUGGAGGCACUCUAUGACAAACUCAGAGAGCAGACACUCUCCCCUGCCAUUGUAGGAGGACUGCACAACAUAGCCAGGAGCAUAGAGUCCCGAUCCUACACAGAGGGCAUCAACAUCCACACCCACAUAGUGAGCAACAGCAACUUCAGCGAGACUUCAGCGUUCAUGCCUGUACUCAAGGUGGUGCUGACGCAAGCCAACAAACUCGGGAUCUGAUGAGGCUGAAAGUGCCAGCAGCUCAUUUGAGUGCUGGACCACAGGUGGAGAGAGGCCGGACAUGGGUCGAUCUGAGUAUUAAAAAAUAGUUUCACGGGAAGCUUGUUCAAUGCAAGCAAUGAAGAAUUAUGUAUGAAAAUACUGUUAAAUUCUUCUUUGUGCCACUCAUGUUUGUCAAACAGAAGCCAUGCUGUCAGUUGCACUCAGUGGUGAAAGUAAAUUCUGAGCCAGUUAAGGGGCUACCUAUCGACUGGCUGACAAGCAGACACUAAGCAUUUAUUUUUAAAUCAGUCAACAAUUAAUACACAAAUGUGAAAGAUAUGAAUCAGGAAUAAAAACUGGAUAAAGCAAAAUAAAGAUAAUGAAUUUUAAGGACAUUCCAGUCUGUUGAUAAUCAGUGAAUCGUGUAUUAAUGGCAGACUCCUGAUGCAUGCUGUUGGCUCAAAAUUUAUGCAGCUGUAUCGGCCUGUUCAUCUUUAAAGUCUUUGAACUUUUGUGCACUACACUAAUGCAUAUAUACCUUUAAUUCAUAAAUAUAUCUAAAUUUUUCUCAGAAGUACAAAGUAACACUUUAGUUGUACAUACAAAUGCAUCAUUACUUGCAUGCAUUUUGCAGUUGACCUGCAAAUAAGAUUGCAGAUAUAAUCACUCAUUUUACCAGAUAGAACAUGAAUUUGUUAAAAUCAUGGCAUUAUAGUGACAGUUAGGGUUAAAGCAAUACUACGUGUCACAUGUAUUUAGAGUAAAAUCAGUGGGUAUCAAAUGCCAGUUAUUUUUAAUGCAUCUACUAUGACUUUUGUUUAAACUUUAAACUCUUUUUUCUGCUUUCACUGACUUACUUUCACCACUAGUGUUACUACAUACAACACAUUGGACCAAGAUACAGUCAGUGUGUGGGAUAUUUCAGUGCAGAGCAGUGUAAUCCCAGGUGUUGAGGACAUUGAUGUUUUACUUCUUUUGUUUGUUUGUUUUUCAGUGUAAUAAUAAAGCUCAGCAGAGUGCAAUGGACCUUUCAAAAACAGGCUGUGCUUUUAUUGAGUUUUUAAGUAUGCAUGCAUAAACAAAUGCUGGCAAUCGCCUUCCCUGGCAUUGGAAUUAAUUACCUGCUAAUUAAUCAGACCUCAAAGGAAACUGGAGGAGACUUGUACUUGAUUUUCAUUCCAACUUUGAUGAGGGCUGAAGUCUGAGUGGUCAAGCUCACGUUUAUGUUGUUGAUAAAACGAAAACAAGUCUUUGUUUUUGAUUGACGACAUGCAAUAUUUUCAAUAAAUAGUAUUUAUUUACA